AUGUCAACCGAUGACAAAAGUGAAUUUAAUGAUACACGAUUGAGUGACCUUUUAAGUGAAAUUCAUACUCGAGUCAUGGAGCCUAAUUUCGAGCAACUAUUAACAACUCAGUACACAGACUUUAAGUCUAUUGAGAGACAUUUCAAGUAUAUUGAAGAUUUAGAGCCGCAACGUAAAUCUGCACUAGUAAUUCGCAAUAGAUGUACUCUCCUCGAAUCAUUAUGGAGAACCUGCCGAGAUCGUCACGCUUUAAUGACGCAUUGUGCCAAUCUAGAGCAGAAGCAAAAUAAAUACUUUGCAGAGGAUGAAUUUGGAGAAAAGGAGAUACAAUUAUACAGUAAUUUGGAUAUCUGCGCAGAACUUCUAGCUGAAAUUCAACCACCAACGCUACCCUUGGCAGCUUCAUCUCCGAAUCUGAAUUUUGAAAAAACUGUUCAACAAUCAGGUUCUAUUGUUAAAUUACGUCGUAUCGAAUUGCCAGUGUUCUCAGAUCCGAAGACGCAACGAGAUUGGGAGUUAAAAUUAUCAUCGUCAAUUGAAUGUCCAGCUUAUUCAGAUUUAGAAACAUUUCUUCUCGAAAGAAUUCGCGCAUUAGAAGCAUUGCCUGCUGUCACAACAAAUAAUAGUAUAGCUUCCAAACCCGUUGCGCAUUCAAAGGAUAAUUUCUCAAAAUCAAAUCGCGCUAAUGUAAAUAUUCAUAUAGCAUCAUCUCGAGAAAAUUCUUGCUUUAUGUGUAAAGAAAAAUAUGUUUAUGUUAAAGCAAAUCGAAUUUGUACAAAUUGUCUUCGAGCCCAGCAUAAAAAUAAUGAUUGUCCGAGUAAAUUUACAUGUACAAAGUGUAAAAGUCGACACCACACUUUACUUCACCGCGAAACCAAGUCCGAAACAGAAUACGAAAAAGAAUCGAACGACAAUUCGAAUCAAAGUAGUACAGGGUUUCAAGUAAUAAAAUCGUCUAAAAUUCAGUCUCAUUUUUCCGCACCAAGCGCAACAAAAUCAAAUAACGUUUUACUCGCUACUGCACGAGUAUGGGUUUUAUCUCCUUCAAUGCGAGCUAUUCGUGUUCGGGCAUUGAUAGACCAAGGGUCAACAUGGACCUUUGCUUCUCAAGACUUAACAAAAAUGUUAAAUUCCAAAACUAUACCCAUUUCUGCGUCACUGUCUGGCCUAGGGGGUAGUCACGCUGGAAAUGCAAAUUCUGCUGUCACGAUAAGGAUUUCAUCAAGUCCAAAUGGUGAUCCUGUUUUUAACACGCAAGCAAUUGUUAUUCCAAAAAUAACGUCUUAUGUAUCUCAAUCAAAUGUCAAUUUUGAACAAUGGCCUCAUUUGAAAAAAUUAAAGCUAGCAGACGAUCCUUAUAACAAUGAUCCUAUCCACUUACUCAUUGGCGCCGAGCUUUAUGGUUCUAUAAUUUUGGACGGAUUAAAAAAAGGAAGAGCGGGUGAUCCAAUUGCUCAAAAUACAAUAUUUGGGUGGGUUUUGUCCGGAUCUUUGUCGUCAUUAAAUAAUCAAAAUGAAUCUAGCGUUCAGAUUCAUCACUGCAUUUCAAAUAAAAGUCUCGACUCGUGUUUACAAAAAUUUUGGGAAAUCGAGGAAAUAAAUUCGAAAGAAAUCGUGUCUAUCGAAGACGAACUCUGUGAAGAGCACUUUCAAAAAACUCAUUCGCGAACACCCGAUGGUCAAUAUAGUGUCAAUUAUCCGUUCACAACUGACAAACCUAUUGACAUUGGUUAUACGAAAAAAAUUGCCGAAAAAUCUUUAAAACGUCUCGAAACUCGCCUCGAGAAAAAUCCUGUGCAUAAAGAACUUUAUAGUGACUUUAUGGAAAAAUAUAAAACAUUUCAUGACAUGCGAAAAGUUAAAUCUCUCGAAAAUCCUUCUAAUCAGGUGGUAUACAUUCCUCAUCAACCUGUGUUUAGGGAAGCUAGCCAAACAACAAAAAUGCGAGCAGUGUUCAAUGCUUCAGCCCCAUCAACCAACGGUACCUCUUUAAACGAUCAUAUGAGAAUAGGGCAAAAACUUCAAACGAAUUUGUUUAAUGUUUUGGUUCAUUGGCGUGUAUUUAAAUACGUUUAUACUGCCGAUAUUGCCCGCAUGUACCGUCAAAUUUUAAUAAAUUUGGAUGAUGUUGAUUAUCAGCGCAUAUUGUGGCGUUCGUCGCCAGAUCAACCAAUUAGCGAAUACCAACUUCUCACCGUGACUUAUGGAACACGUUCACCGCCUUAUCUGGCGUUACGAGUCCUCAAGCAGUUGGUGAUCGAUGAAGGCUUGGCGUUUCCAUUAGCAUCGUAUGUCUUAAAGAACAAUAUUUACAUAGAUGACGCGAUGUUCGGUGGAUCUUCAAAACGAGAAGCGAAAGAAUCUCGCGACGAAUUUAUUGCUCUUUUAAGAAAAGGUCACUUCACACCCAGAAAAUGGUCCAGCAAUUGUCCUCAAUUAUUAUCGGAUAUCGAUCCAAGCGAUCACGGUCUUGCUUGGUCGUCUCCUUUGAAUGCCCUAUUGAAAAAAACACGUUUGGAAUGGAAUCCUACAUACGAUCAGUUUCAAUUUACCGUUAAAUCUAUCGAAUUGGAAGUGAUCACGAAAAGAACGAUUCUUUCUGUUCUCGCUAAGUUAUACGAUCCAGUAGGGUGGCUAUCACCAAUCAUAAUCACAGGGAAAAUUAUCAUGCAAAAUUUAUGGCGUAAUCAAUGUUCAUGGGAUGAUAAUCUGGACAUUGAAACAGUAUCUACCUGGACUGAUUAUGUGAAUUCUUUAAAUGAUAUAAAUGAAUUGACUAUUCCGCGUUGGUUACAGUUACAUCCGGAUAACCUUGAAGUUCAAAUUCAUGGAUUCGCCGACGCAUCCGAGGUCGCGUAUGGAGCAGUUCUUUACUUAAGGGUAACAUUAUCUUCUCACGAGGUGAUUACUCAAAUCAUUACGAGCAAAACAAAAGUUGCACCUGUAAAACAAAUCAGCAUUCCACGAUUGGAAUUGCAAGCAGCAACUUUAUUAUCUCGUUUGAUCACUUCAGUUCGUCAAUCCGAACCGUUCUCAAACUUAUCGAUUCAAUGCUGGACUGAUUCCACCAUUGUACUCUCGUGGCUGAACAAACAUGCUUCUCAUUGGCAUACAUAUUCUUCAUGGAAUAAAUUGUUACGAGUGACAGUAAUAUUGCAGAGAUUCAUUAAGUGGAAAUUCAAAUCCGAUACUGAUGACAACAUUCGAUUUUCGAAUCCAAUUUCUGCGAAAGAAUUAGGUAAUGCAGAAAUCGUUUGGUAUCUUUAUAUUCAAGGACGACAGUUUCAAUCUGAGAUUCAAUCUUUGAAAACUAACUCACAAAUUGCGCAAAAGAGUAAACUAAAAUCUUUGAAUCCCUUUCUCGAUAAUCAAGGUCUCUUGCGUGUAGGAGGUCGUCUUGACAAUUCCGAUUUUGCGUUUGAAUCAAAGCACCCGAUUAUCCUCGAAAAUCAUUUCAUUGUCAAAUUGUUAAUUUGGGAUGCUCAUGAAAAAACAAUUCACGGCGGAUUACGAGAUACAUUGAGUCAUCUGAGACAAUUGUACUGGAUUAUUCAUCCACGUCCACUUAUCAAAUCAAUUCUACAUAAAUGUUUUAUUUGUGUUAAAUAUCGAGCAAAACUGGCUAAACAGCUGAUGGCAAAUUUACCGCGUCCGAGAGUAGUACGACCAGAACGAGCGUUUAUAGAUUGCGGCAUAGAUUACGCUGGUCCUUUGCAAGUUCGUAUGAUCGGCGGUCGCGGAAAUCGUUCUCAGAGUUGUUAUAUCGCUGUAUUCGUUUGCUUCGCGGUGAAAGCGAUUCACCUAGAAAUUGUGACUAAUUACACUUCGUCUGCAUUUAUAGCUGCCUUUCAAAGAUUCGUUUCUUUGCGUGGUCUUCCUCAAUGCAUGUACAGUGACUGCGGGACUAACUUUCAAGGUGCAAAUAAAGAACUUCGCGUAGCCUUUGAAAAUGCAAUUAAAAGUUCAGAGUUUAAAAAUUUGAUCGCAAAAGAUCGCAUUGAAUGGAGAUUUAAUCCCCCGGCAGCACCCCACUUUGGAGGCCUAUGGGAGUCAUCCGUUAAAAGCAUGAAAACAAAAAUUGUCAAAAUAUUUGGCCCGAAUACUCCGACAUACGAGGAAUUAGCCACUGCGAUUUAUCAAAUUUCCGCUAUUUUGAAUUCGCGGCCUUUAACUCCGAUUACCGAACACAUCGACGAUUUUAAUGUAUUAACACCGGCGCAUUUUUUAAUAGGUAGUUCAUUUACAGCUUUUCCUCAACCAUCGCUUUGUCAUUUAAAACAAAAUCAAUUGUCACGCUGGCAACAUAUGCAACAAUGUACCGAGAUUUUUUGGAAAAAAAUGGUCGAAUGA